UCUAGUCAGGUCAUCCCACCAAGAAUUGGUACAGGGGUGAUUGUCCUGGGUGGUAGACACUGUGGUAGGAUUGAGGGAGUGGGGGGGUGAGACAGGGAGUAUUGAUGAGAGGGGGGUGGGUGGGGUCUCGAGGGGGAAGACCCGGUUGUGAAAAAAAAAAACAGAAGACUUGCCAAAUUUAAUCCAUGCUUGACGAAUUUGCCACAAAUUUCCUUUUUCUUUGCAGGUGAUCCUAUGGCCGAUGUAGCUCGUAGCAUUACAAAUCAGACUGUGGAACAAUCUGGAAGUGAAAACAUAACCGAGUGCAAAAUUUUCAUUGAGAUCACCAGAAACAGUGGGUACUACUUCUGGAAUAUGGUGUUUCCCGUUGGGGCCAUUGUCAUUUUGGCAACACUAGUGCUUGCAGCUCACCCGUCAGAGAUUGAGCUCAGGUUAUCAUCAACAGUGGCCCUGCUACUCGCACUUGUAGCUGUACAGUUUACAACGAACUCGCUGUUGCCAGGUUCUUCUUAUCUUACAGAUUUCCACAAAUUCAUCAUUCUUUCAUACAUUAUCAUGGCAGCCAUUAUGAUCGUCGAUCUUCUAACUGCGAAGCUCAUUAUCAAGGCGGAGCAAGAGGUCAAGCGCAGUGGGCGGGGAGGUCUUGAUUAUGUGAAAGAAUUCGGAGCGAAAGCGGACGAACUGCUUGCUCCUACUGCAGCCAGUGCUUUCUACCAUCCAUCAGAGAAGAUUAAACUCGGUAAACGGAAAAAUGAGGAGGAGGAGAAGAUGACCGCCAUUCUGCAGGAGAGGAAGGAGAAGAAGGAGGCUAAGAAGAAGGCCUUGAAGGAGGAGCAGGCGGCCAAGCUGAAAAAGAUGGAGGAAGAGAUGGCCCGAGAGAAAGAGAGGCUGAGGAAGGAAGAAGAAGAGAAAUUGAAAGAGGUGGAUGAGGAAGAAGAGGGACCGCCACUGGAAAGGAGGACUGGGCAUUACAGUGGCAGCAAGGACGAAGAGAUGGAGAAGCGGAUUUCAGAAUGGGUCGCCAACUUGUCCCUGGGUGAAGAAGAAGAGGUUGCUAUGUACAUCCCCAAGGACGAGCAAAAAGCCGCCAUGAAAAAAUGGGAAGCAGAAGAGGAUGUUCUGGCGCGGCGGGCGAUGGAGGAUGAACAGAGGAUGGCGUGGAAGCUCGCGAUGAUGAGGGAGAAAAAGAGAAGAGUGGAGGCGGCGAAUGCAGCAAUACAGGAAUUGGAGGAGGUGCAAAAACUGAGAUUGCAAUUGACACCCCAGGUAGAUCUCGAGCGGAAGGUGGAGAUCAUUGCCCAGAGCGUCGAGCGUUUAGCCAAAGUACAAGAAAAGCGCUAUGAAUUUAGUCGCAGCCAGGAGAUAUCUGUGCGUUCGAUGCGAACGGGAUUACGGGACUUUGCUCGCGAGUUAGUAGGCGCUGUGGGGUCCGAGGUGAGUCACCGCCUCGAGAAGACUGAGCGUUUUUGUGUCGGCGCCAUUGAGGGCGUCAAGGUGGCAGCUCCCAAGGAGGAGGAGACUCGUCCUCGCAGGGAAUUCCCUGAUUCCUACAGUGGAAAAAGGGAAGAGAACUUUGACAAUUGGGAGGCCAAUGUCAGGACCUAUGUGCAUCUGCAACAGGUCUCCCCGGAUCAGCAGGUCCUAAUUGCGAUCCACGCGCUUAAGGAUGAGGCCGCGAGUUUUGCAAGGUCCCUUGUUCGUGCUGCCAACUGCAGUGACGAUCCGGUAACAUACUCCACAUUCACCCCCCUCGUUGAGUUCUUGAAAUUGCUACGCGAGCGAUUUGCUGAUGUCGCUCGUAGUGUUAAAGCGUCAGAUAGGCUGCAGACGAUCCACGCCCGCAAGUGGAAGAGUGUCAGGGCACUCAAGAAUACAAUGGAUGAGUUAGUGGCUGUCCCUGACCAUGGGGUCACAGACACCCAGUUGGUUGGCCUCUUCUAUCGGGCCAUACCCGAAGCCCUUCGAGGGCAUUUCUUCGCAAAGAGCGAAGACCCUGCCACUACGUAUGAUUCUCUUAGUCGGGAAGUGGUGGCUUUUGAAGCCAAGUCCGCGUCUGUGUCCACCUUCUGGCACAAGGACUUGGAYAAGGGRAAGCAAUGGAAGGGCCGCACUAUCUCAGGGCAAGUAAAGACCAAGGACAGCCUUGUCUUGACUUUAGACGAGGGUAGUGUGGAUGAGAUCCCCUACGAUCAGAUUGAGUGGGGGUUAGAGGAGGAGGACAGCGGUGUGGGCCAGGGGAGAUCUUAUGCUGUUGUCGCGGCUGGAGGGAGGCCGCAAGGAAGAGGCCAGGGCCAAGGGGGCCGGGCCUCAGGGAGCCGGUUCCAGGGCGAUCAGGGGGUUGGCGGCAGAGGAGGAAACCGCCAAGCGGGAGGCAGGGGUCAAGGGGCCACCCGCAGCUAUAUUAGUAAGAAAGCGCUGCAGAAGUUGAAGCUGGGACUCAAAGUCCAAAAGCUAGCAGACCCUAUAGUUAGUAUCCUCGCGGACAAUCGCACUAUGGCUGUAGAGGAGUACGUAGAGGGAGUCCAGGCGUAUUUCCGCCUAGAGAAAGAUGGGAAAGUGGAAAGGAUUCUCCACUCCCUGACUCUCCUCGUAGAAGACAGCCUCCCCUUUGAUGUUGUUCUGGGAAUGGAUUGGGGAGAGGCAGCCGGGGCCACGCUCCAUUUGAAGGAGCACGAGUGUAGGCUCCCCAGUUCGUCAGGUGAGGCCAAGACUGCCCGCCUGUUCCAUGUGUCAGGGGUAGAGAAUUCCUUGGCACAUUGCUGCCUUAGUGCCCCCGCGUUCGCCAGAUUGGUGAAGAAGGAGGGAUUAGAGGAACAGGUUUUUGUUGCCUAUGUUAGGCCAGUCACUGCGCCUACGGAAGAGAAGCCGAUAGACCCUGCGAUUGCCAAGCUGCUAGAGGAGUUUAAGGACUUAACUGAGCCGCCGACAGGAACAGUACCGCGGCCCAUUCAGCACCGUAUCGAGAUAGAACCUGGCAGUAGGACUCCUAAGGGCGCCGUGUAUAGGAUGUCCCCGUGGGAGUUGGAGGAGCUCCGCAAGCAAUUAGACGAGCUCCUCGAGAAGGGUUGGAUUAGGCCCAGUUCGUCUUCUUUUGGAGCGCCUGUUCUCUUUGUUCCCAAGAAAGAGGGAGAGCUGAGGAUGUGUAUAGACUAUAGGGGUCUGAACGCGAUUACCGUAAAGAAUGCUGAGCCACUGCCCAGGAUAGACGAUCUCUUAGAUCGAGUGCACGGGGCAAAGUAUUUCUCUAAGAUAGACUUAAAGUCCGGAUAUCAUCAAAUAGAGGUACAUCCUGAUGAUCAGUAUAAGACAUAUUUCCGGACUAGGUACGGGCAUUAUGAGUUUAUAGUGAUGCCCUUUGGACUAACCAAUGCGCCAGCUACGUUCCAACGCUGCAUGAACGACCUGUUUAGGCCGUGGUUAGAUAGAUUUGUUGUCGUUUACUUGGAUGACAUUUUAGUGUUUAGUAGGACCCUCGAAGAGCAUCAGGGUCAUCUCAGGCAGGUCUUGGAGAAGCUGAGGGAAGCUAACUUCAAGAUCAAUGCAAAAAAGUGCAAUUGGGCAAAGACCCAAGUUUUGUACCUAGGCCACGUCUUAGACGGAGACGGCGUUAAGCCAGAGGAUAGUAAGAUCGCAGCGAUUAGAGAUUGGCCCACGCCACGUACGCUAACAGAGUUGCGCUCGUUCUUGAGGAACUUCUCCACCAUCGCUGCGCCCCUUCGCAGAUUGUUGAGGAAGGAGACCAUCUGGAAGUGGGACAAGGACUGCACGUCUGCCAUGAAGAAGUUAAAGCAGGCAUUGAUAGAGUAUCCAGUCCUUAAGGUCGCCGAUGCGUCCUUGCCUUUUGUCGUCACGACCGAUGCGAGUCAAUACGGCAUAGGCGCGGUGUUGCAGCAAGACGAUGGCAAUGGGUAUAGACCCGUAGAGUUCAUGUCCGCUAGAAUGCCUUCAGAGAAGGUCGCGACAUCUACCUACGAGAGGGAACUCUACGCUCUCAGGCAAGCCUUAGACCACCGGAAGCACUACUUGCUUGGGAGGCACUUCAAAGUCUAUUCUGACCAUGAAACGUUACGAUGGUUAAAGACGCAGGCCAAGAUGACACCUAAGCUUACUAGGUGGGCCGCAGAGAUAGAUCAGUACGACUUUGAGCUCAAGCCUGUCAAAGGGAAGUACAACGUAGUCGCGGAUGCUUUGAGUAGAAGGGCUGAUUAGUUUGGGGCGAUAGUGCAUUACCUUGAUAUAGGGAAGGACCUGCAGCAGAGGGUUAGAGAAGCGUACGCGCAGGACCCUAUCUACAGUGAUCUCCUUAAGAAAGUUAAAGAGGCCCCAGAGACUGAGCCGAACUACCGCACUACUGAAGGGUUGCUAUUUGAGAAGACUAAUGUCUUUAACCGGUUAUGCAUUCCCAAUAGCGAAGAGAUCCGUAGUCUGAUCUUGGGAGAAUGCCAUGACACAGAGGGUCAUUUCGGUUGGCAAAAGACUUUGGCCAAUCUGAUGCGCGCGUAUACCUGGCCAGGAAUGAAGAAUGACUGCGUAGAGUAUGUGCGCAGUUGUAAGGUUUGCCAGCGUAACAAGAGUUCUACGCGCGCCCCGCUAGGUCUUCUCAGACCCUUACCCAUUCCAGACCAGCCGCGGGACUCAGUGUCCAUCGACUUCAUGGACACUCAAGUCAAGAGCAGGCAUGGCAAGAGCCAAGUCAUGGUCAUAGUUGACCGAUUCAGUAAAUAUGCCGUUUUUGU